AUGACUUUCGAACACAGGUACUUCUUCUGGGGGAUAGUACUUGCGUCGACCUUCAAUCUGGUGUUCAUCAAUCUCGAGCGGUACUAUGCAGUCUUGCAUCCCAUUAAAUACAAGAUCAAUAUCACCACUAAGAGGGGAGUGCAGAUAGCUAUUCUACCCUGGGUGAUUGGAUUCGGAUUCCAGAUAUAUACUUGGUUCAUGUAUCGUGUCGUGGGCACAACGUGUGAAAGGGUGAUUUCGAGAUCUGGAGAACUUGCACUUGGAGUGAUUGUAUUUAUUAGUCAGUAUCUCUUUCCCCUGAUACUCAUGUUGUUCGUCCAUGCUCGAAUUGCCGCAGCCAUGGGAACCAGGAUCGGAGAUGUGGCGGAACGUCCUCCAGAAAACCAAACAGAAGGACAGGCGAGCAAUGAAGUCGAACAACAGGCGGUGCCAGUACCAAGUUACAGGGACCGCGCAAGAAAGAACAUCAUCAAGAGCCUUUUGACGGUUACCAUUACCUUUGCCGUCUGUUGGACCCCGAAUCAAAUCAUCUACCUGGUCUACAACUUAGGAGGCCAUGUUGAUUUCUCUGGAGCGUUCUACAAUAUUACUGUUGCCAUGGCAUUUUUUAAUAUGUGCUGUAAUCCUCUCAUUUACACUUUCCAGUAUCGCAAAUUUCAGAGAGGAGUUAGGGCACUGAUUUCAAAAGGUGUAGAUCUGGCGAGUGUUAAUGAUCAGAAUGGUUCUCCCCAAAGUAAUUGA